AUGUUGAAGCGAAAGCGAUCCAACAUUGAGCCUCUUACUCCUCCCCUUUCCGCAGCCGACCAUGGCAACGCUAAAUUGCUCGACCGUGCGGUCCUCGUCCUCUCUACGGCAGCUACUGCCCUCUCCCAGGUCACAUUCCUGUAUGAGAGUGAUCCUACGGCCCGUGAUGGGCUUAUCAGUGCGGUAGACUGUCUUCGGCGAGUCAAUGAGCGCGGUGGAAAACUCCUAAUAUGUGGUGUUGGCAAGAGUGGGCUGGUAGGCAGGAAAACUGUUGCUACCAUGAAAAGCCUAGGCCUGGGAGCCUCCUUCCUUCACGCUGCAGAAGCUAUGCACGGCGAUUUGGGCGAUAUAAGAAGCGAUGACGCCGUUAUGUUCAUAUCGUAUUCUGGAAAGACAUCUGAACUAACUACACUCCUUAACCACAUCCCGGACUCAGUUCCUCUCCUUGCGAUCACCUCACAGACCAAUGCCUCGGACUGUCUACUCUUUCGCGACCGUCCAGAUGCCAUACUCCUACCCGCACCAAUACACGAGACGGAGGAGGCUACAUUCGGCGUCUGUGCCCCGACAACGUCAACAACGGUUGCAAUUGCAGUCGGCGACAUGCUAGCCAUGACGGUCGCGGAGGCCAUCCACCAGGAGGAAACGAAGCCGGUCUUCCAAAGAAACCACCCCGGCGGAGCAAUUGGUGCAAAUGCGAGGAAACGGCCCAAGAAGGAAAAUGCAACAGAGGGGCAGGCUAUUGAAGGUAUUAACAACCUCAAGACGCUUGCAUGA